AUGUUUGAGAAGGAUAUAUUGUUCAUCUCAGCUAAACAAUUUAAAGAUGCUAUAACUGAUUAUGCAGUCCAUGGUGGGUGGGGUAUAAAAUUUGUGAAAAAUGACUUGGUGAGAGUGAGAGCCCGAUGCCAGCCAAGGUGCAAGUUUGUUGCCUACCUUGCAAAGGUGCCAAGGGAGAAGAGUUUUAGAUUGAAAACACUAAACAUGGAACACACAUGCAGUAGAAGUUAUAGAAAUCCAAGAUGCACAACAUCAUACAUUAGGAAGAAGUUAGUGAAGAGGGUUAGGAGACAGCCUGACAUAAAACUCAAGGACAUUCAGGAUGCUGUGCAUGAGAAGUAUGUGGUUAACAUAAGUACAGGCAAGGCAGCUAAGCAUGGAUUUGCAAUUGGGCUGCCAUAUUUUGAAAGAAUCUACAUCUGCCUGGAAGGUUGCAAGAAGGGCUUCUUGGCAGGGUGCAGGCCAAUCAUUGGUCUAGAUGCAUGCCAUCUAAAGACCAAGACAGGUGGUCAGCUGAUGUGUGCUAUUGGCAGAAAUCCUAAUGAUGAAUACUUCCCCUUUUUGGUGGUAGCUUCAUUGCUUGCUGAAUUAAAUGAUUGUGCUUUGCAAGGGUUAGUGAACACCUUUGUUGACAAUUGGCCACAAUACAAGUACAGGAUUUGCUGUAGACAUUUAUACAAUAAUUUGAGGAAAAAUCAUCCUAGUGUCCUUAUUAGAGACCUUUUUUGGAAAGCAACCAAGGCUACCUAUCAGCAAGCAUAUGAGAGGGCAAUGAAUGAGCUAAAGGAGGUGGAUGAAGAUGCAUUCAAAUGGCUGCUGUCUCACUCAACAACUAUCCGGGCUAGGCACAUGUUCAAAAGUGAUGGCCAGAGUGACACAGUCCUGAACAACAUGUGUGAAAGCUUCAACAACGUGAUAGUUAAGUUCAGGAGCAAACCUAUAAUCACUAUGGUGGAAUCUGAGUUGUGUCCUAAGAUAAGGAAGAGAUUGUACAAGGAGAAGUUGGCAUGUAGUAAGUGGUUAGCAUGUUGGGCUGGUCGUACGAAGUUUGAAGUGAAGAAUGGGCUGGAGAGUUUCAUUGUGGACUUGGAAGAGAAGAAGUGCAGCUGUAGGAAGUGGGACAUAAUUGGCAUACCAUGUUACCAUGUCAUUUCCUGUAUAUUUUUCAAAAGAAAAUAUGCUAAAAAGUAUGUCAAUGCUUGCUACAAAAGGACUACCUACAUUGAUUGCUAUGAACCCAUUAUAGAGCCCAUCAAUGGCCAGAAUAUGUGGAGACUUAGUGGGCUACCACCUGUGCAACCCCCUAUCAAGAGGAGACCUCCUAUUAGGCUUAAGAAGAAGAGGGCACUGGAGCCUGAUGAACCUAGAGGUCAUAGAAAAAAUAGAGGUCUAGGCAUCUUAAAACAAUGCAAGUUAUGUGGGAAAUUAGGACACAACAGGAGGAGCUGCAAGGGAGAAAUAGGAGGGAACUCCUCCUUGCCUGGGAGUGCAUCCCAAGCUAAUAGGACCACUAGGAGGGCAGCCAAGGAUGGUCAUGCAAACAGCCCAGCUGUAGGUAGUGCACAACCAGGCUCCAACGCUCAACCAGGUUCCAAUGCUCCACCCCCCACUAAUAACCAGUCCAAUCCAAGACCAAAAAGACAGAGGAAGAGAAGUGCAGUCACCACUAAGAUCUUGAAUGCAACUAGGAAUGCAGUUUGGUUUGGUUUGGUUUUCUCAACUGAAGACAUGGAGUGUGAGUUCUCUCAAGCAGGAAAGUCCAAGGAAGAAGAAGUUGAGGUCCAACAAAGCAACAAGAAGGCUAAGGAUGCGAAAGGAGCCUCGAAGUUUGGCUCUCCUCCUUCCUACAGGGAUAAGCUCGUCGAUGAGAUGCCAGGAGCCUUUGCACAGGCUUUCAAGCUGGAUAGUCACGAGUUGGACCUUCCACACCUUCGGUGA